GCCGCGGCCGGGGCCGGGUUUGGGUUGGGGUUCGGGGCCGGGCCCGGCUAAGAUGGCGGCGAUGAAGGUGAAGCAGGACGUGGCGCCGAAGGGCGGCUACGGCCCCAUCGACUACAAGCGGCACCUGCCGCGGCGGGGCCUGUCCGGGUACAGCCUGUUUGCGCUGGGCAUCGGCAGCAUGGUCUACGGCUACUACACGCUCUUCAAGUGGAACCGGGAGCGCAGGCGCCUGCUGAUUGAGGACCUGGAGGCCCGCAUCGCCCUCUUCCCCCUGCUGCUGGCUGAGCAUGACCGCAGGACCUUGCGGCUCUUGCGGGAGAACUUGGAAGAGGAGGCCAUCAUCAUGAAAGAUGUUCCGGGCUGGAAGGUGGGCGCAUCCGUGUACCACACUGACCGCUGGGUGACCCCGUCUGCAGCUGAGCUGUAUUACCUCCGGCCAAAGGAGGAGUUUGAGAAUGCCGUGCAUGGCUUUCACUGGUAUGUCUGAGGCCUGGAGGCAGGAGGUCUCUGUGGUGCGAGCAGCAGGGUCUGCGGGAUGCACGCUGUCCAAGGUCUGCGUACUGCAGCGUGUGACAUUAAACAGUCUGGAAAUGAGA